GUGUUGUAAAUAUUGAAAACAAAUUUUUUUUUUUUUUUUGUUGAAAUUCUGAAACUCACGUGUAAUUUUAUUUUGUCCACGCCAUUUAGAAUUCAAAAUCUAUUUUUUCCCAUUUACCGAACAAUCUCAUCAUGAUGAUUUUUUUGUAAUCAAUAAUUAUCGCUUUUUCUGAAAAAAAGCGAAAUGGAAUCUGAAACUAAUCAAAAACCAUCAUCAUAUCGGAAGAUAAAACAACGGCAGAAUUUUUCCAAUUCGCCAAAUCAUCAUCAUCAUCAACAACAACAACGAAUUCGAAUUCAUCAAGAGAAUCGUUCACGUAAUUGGUAUCAGAAAACAAAAUCUGAACAACAACAACAAAAUCAACAAACCAAACAGAAUGAACAAUCGAUACCUGCAGUGAAAAUAUUGGCUAAAUCGAAUAAACCAUCAGUGACAUCGUCAUCGUCGAAUGAUACUAAUAAUCAGAAUCAAGACAUUGAUACAAAUUCGAAUACCACUGUUAAUGUAGUCAAACCAAGACCUUCAGUAUCAUUUUUAGAGAAAAAUAUUCAACCAUUAUUGAAAAUCCAUCAAUCACGCAAUAAUGUUCAAUCCGAAACAACAACAACAGCGACUUCGAAUAAACAACCAAAAUAUAUAAAAAUUGUGGAUUUUGAAUUCAAUUUCACCAUACAGCCGGACACAUCAUCAUGGUCAAUUUUGGAUUCUUGGCUUUUGCCCGAUUCAAAUGUAUCCACAACAUCAAACAAUUCAACUUCAACGCCUUCCGCUAGUGUUCCAUCAUCAUCAUCAUCAACGAAUAUUACACAAGGAUUUGGUAGCCAAAGUUUUUCUAUAGUAGCUGCUGUAGGAUUAGAUGGUGUAGGCAAAUCUUCGUUGCUGAAUUCAAUGGCUCAAUGUGAUGUAUUUGAAACAAGAAAAAUGAUGGCAAUGAAAAAUCAUGAAAAUCCAUUGAAUCAUAUUACAAAUGGGAUCGAUAUGCAUAUCACUGCUGAACGUGUAUUUCUUCUUGACACUCAGCCAUUAUUAAGUGCUUCUGUACUUGAAAAUCUUAUGCGAUUAAAUACGGAAAAAUUUGGCCCAUCUUCAUCCAGUGCUAGUAGCAGUAGUAAUAAUUCAUCAUCAAUGAAUUCUAAUGCGAUUAAUUCAUCGUCAUCAAAACAUUUCUAUAAUUCCAACACUAAUACAAUGUCAACACCAAUAUUUUCACAAGUAGUUGGAUUCGAUAUUUGUGAAACGGAAAAUUUUGCCUUUAUUUAUUCAUUACAAAUGUUAACAUUUUUAUUGACCGUAUCGGAUCAUUUAAUAAUCGUCAUGGAUUCCUAUUGUUUGGAUGUAAAUCUAUUCAAAUUAUUGGCCACUUCAUUAAUGAUGGUUGGUGAUGCAUUAAUGGCUAAAGCAAAUAUUAUCAUCUAUUUUCGCACAUCUACUACCAAACCAUUCUGUUCACCUGUAAUUGAUGAUGAAAAAACACGACGUUUUCGACGUUUCACCGAAACAAUUCUCGGUCCAAAUGUUAAUGUAGAUUUUAUCUAUAAUGAUGAACAACGAUUAAUCAAUCGAGUAUUGCGGCCGCCUAAUUCACGAUCAUUAGUAAAUCUUGAACAAUCAUGUACAACGAUUAAUUACCAUUCUGAACAACAAUGGUUUCAAUCGGUGCAAAAAUUCUGGGAUUUAUCCAUACGUAAAUCAACAUUGUUUUCGGAUUAUGCAAGAUAUUUGCCAUGAAAUAAAAACUUGAACUUUGGGAAUCAUCAUCGUAAACACUCAAUAUAAAGGAAUUGAACAAUAACGUUCAUUUUGAGCACUCAGUCAGUCAAUCACUCACACACCACAUACAUAGACAUUUCAUCAGAUUCCAAUUUGAAGAAAAUCGAUCGAUUCGGCUUGUCAUCAUCAAAUGAUGGCUUCAAGAUUUGAUGAAUGUUUUCAACAACAACAAAAGAAAAAAUUCAUGAAUGAAUAAGUGAGAAUCGUACAUAUUGUCGUUUUUGGUGAUUUGGCUUUUUGGAGGUGGAAAAAUUUGGCCUUUUUAUAAAAUAUAUGUGAAUGAGAGAUAUGAGAUCGAUCGAUUGAUGGCUUGCUGAUUUUUUUUGUCUUAUUUUUUAUAAUUUCUCUGUGUUUAUGUUUCUUUUUGUUGUGAUGAUUGAUUUGAUGAUUUGAAAGAAAAUCAGCAAGUCGAGAUCAUUAUUGCUGUAUUGUAAUUUUGCGAUUUUUUUUUGUUGAGUGAAUAAUAAAAAAAAACAAUGACGAAA